AUGGAUCAAUUUGAACGUCUUUCGAACCCUUUCAAACCUCCCACCAUGCAGCGGAUACAGCAGCUUGCCGUUCAACUUACUGGGAACUUCUCAAAUCAGAAUCCAGAUGAUGUCGUCAUCACGUACGCCAAACGGUCGCCAUUGACGAAGGCAAACCGUGGUGGCAUGAAAGAUGCAAGAGCUGAUGAACUGAUGCUUGAAAUGUUCAAGGCUGUUUUGUCCGAGUCUGGCCUCCCCGACCCUGCACUCAUAGGUGAUAUAUGCAUCGGAACUGUCCUGACACCAGGAGCCCCGAGCCAAGCUAGGGCUGCUGCACUCGCAGCAGGAAUCCCGGACAGCGUUCCGAUCCAGGCCAUCCAUCGUUACUGCUCCAGUGGAUUGAUGGCGGUCACCAACAUCGCAAACUCGAUAAGAAGUGGAGAGAUCGAAGUGGGCCUCGCGCUCGGCGUGGAGUCGAUGUCGGAAAAUCCUGAUAACGCCAAGCAGUCUCAAAGCGAGCUAAUAAGUCAUGUUCCGGCAGCCAGAGACUGCACUCAACCUAUGGGAUGGACGGCCGAAAAUGUUGCGGCAGACUUCAACAUAUCGCGUCACGACCAAGACGACUAUGCAGCAUUGUCAUUCCAACGCGCUGAGGCUGCGGAUAAGGCCGGCCACUUUGCGCGGGAGAUUGUCCCCUUUACCGUAUUUUCUAAAGACCCCAAGACCGGGGAUCGAAAGCUGGUCACCAUCACCAAGGACGAUGGAAUUCGUUAUGGAACAACUGCAGCCACUUUAUCGAAAAUUCGUCCCGCUUUUGACUGGGGAAAUAGGACCACUACUGGAGGUAAUGCGAGCCAGAUCACGGACGGCGCAGCAGCUUGCUUGCUAAUGACUCGCCGCAAAGCCAAUGAACUAGGCCUCAAAAUCCUAGCCAAGCACGUGGCUACGGCGGUUGCAGGUGUUCCCCCUCGCAUUAUGGGUGUUGGACCAGUCUAUGCGAUACCAAAGGCAUUGAAGGCCUGCGGCAUCUCUCAGAAUGAAGUUGAUCUGUUCGAGAUAAACGAGGCAUUUGCUUCUCAGUGUUUGUAUUCUAUUCGCGAGCUGGGCAUACCUUUGGAUAAAGUGAAUGUUAACGGGGGUGCUAUCGCGUUUGGACAUCCUUUGGAUAAGUCUCAUUCUUUGGCAUGGAAUCAUUGA